AGCCGUUGGGGCCAUCGCAGAGCCGAGCCGCCACAGCGUCACCGCAUAGUUCAUGACGGGGAUCCAAAGAGAACGAACGACCGCGAAGGCGCAACGGAAUACAAAAACGCGUCCACUUGCGAAAAUACAACAGAAAAACGCCGCACUAAAAAUUGCAAAAUUUAUUAAUGCUCGCAGAGCUCUCGGGUCUGCGUGGAGCGAAGGGGAUACGAUACUCAUCGUAUCGGAUGUCAGCAGGCGAUAAAGAAACACGAAAGCCCCAAACAUAAAUACCCGUGAUAAUGCAAAUCGAAUGGCAAAGUGCAGCGGGCAGCACUUGACGAAAGUGUGAUGUGAUGUCAUAAAAUAUAACUUUUGCCGCUUAUCGAAUCAAAAACCAAAAAAAAAAAACGAAAAACUGCACCACAAAAGAACGAUAUCAAAAGCACGAAACAAGCGAAAAAGUGAACCAAUAAACAGUCGAAAGCGAUACUAAUUUGUGAUAACAACAUCCGACGGAUACGAUGGCUACGACGGCUACGACGGAUACGAUGGCUACGAUGGACGUGACUACAUUCUCCGACUACAUGGUCUACCUGGAGACGGCCUGGGAGUGGGCGGGAUGCCUGCCCUACCUGCUGGUCGCCUACGUAUUCCUCACGCUGCUGCCCAAGUCCCUGCAGCGGAUGAAGCGCUUCGCGGACGCGGACUACGAGGCGAAUCGCCACAAGUACCAUCGCUGCUACGGGCCCGAGCUGUGCUGCCACGUGCAGGCCCAGGAGGCGGCGGCCUCCAAGCAGAAGCAGAAGGCGCGGAAGCCCGUCACACGCGUCUACCACAAGCGGCAGACGUCCACCACAGCAGCGAAGGAGCCGCUGCCCCCCGUGCCGGCGCCAGUGAAGCGGAGCAAUGUCACCAAAAUCGCACGCAUGUUCGAGACGGGUGCCACGCGGCAGGUGAGCAGGGUCUCGCCUGUCCUGCCCGAGAUCCGGAUGUUUGGGGCCAGCGAUGAUUCGCACGACUCGACGCCCUGCGCCUCCCGCAAGACGAGCAUCGCCACACAGCUCUCGGCACAGCUGCAGCACAUCGAGCAGGCGAUGCAGCUGUGGCAGGAACUGGAGGAGGAGCCCUCCAAGAAGUCGUCCCCCUCCCACAGCGACUGGGAGCCGAUGACCGUGCCCGUGGUUCGACGCACCCGUGGCACCUCGGCCACGCCCUCGACUGCCUCUCCGCUGGGCAGCUCCCCGGAGCCCGCGUCCCCGGUGCUGCUGCGGCAGCCGCCGUCGCUGUGCCUCCAGUCCAGCAUGGAGGACAUCUUCCAGGUGAUUGCCAGGAGUGCAGAGGAGCCGCACUCCUUCUAUGCGGACUGCAACAGCCUGUCGCCCGUCACCAGCAUCGACGACAUCCUCUCGGAGCGCAGAUUCUCGCGGCCACUGUCCGCCUACUCCAUCACGGAUCUGCUGAACGAGGAGCAGGCCUCCUGCGUGGAGGAGGCCACCUAUGUGAACGACACCAGAUGAGGGAGGAGGGGAGCUUCCAGUAUCAAAGAUUGUUGGAUGAAUGAUCAGUUUUUAGUGCCAUCUCCUCGCCCCAUGGCCCAUGAGUCAGAAUCGGAUUCGGAUUCGAAUUCGCAAUCGGGUCACCCGGAAGACUUUUACCCCGUCCUAAUCGUACCCUCGAUCGCACCACAUCGCCCCUCAUCGCCUUUGUCCCGCCACAGCGCU